AUGGUUGACUAUAAGUGGGAAGUGGGGACAUACUUUGCUGAAAAGCAAGACAUAUUGGAGGCUAUAAAAAGCUAUGCCUUAGAUAAUGGAAGAAAUAUUCAUUUUGUUAAGAAUGAUAAACAAAGAAUGAGGGUCAAGUGUGUUGUGAAAACAUGGCAAUUGAGGACAAUACUGGACAGUCAUACCUGCAGCAGGGAAUUCAACUUGAAAUUAAUUGAUUCCAAGUGGUUGAGCAAGAAGAUAGAGAAAAGUAUUAGAGACAAUCCUACAAUGAAGGGUGUGGACAUAAGGGAAAAAGUUCAAAGGAAAUAUAACGUUGGUAUUUCAAGGUGUAUGGCCUAUAGGGCAAAAAACCUAGCAAGAGAGCAAAUUGAUGGCUCCUUCAAAGAACAGUAUAAAAGGUUAUAUGACUAUGCCCAUGAGUUGCUGGCCAAAAAUCCAGGCUCAACAGUGAAACUAAAGGUUGAGGAUGUGGGGGGUGAAGUUGUUUUCAAGAGAUUCUAUGUAUGUUUAAAGGCUUGCAAAGAUAGUUUUAAGUCAUGCAGGCCUAUUAUUGGUUUAGAUGGAGCAUUUCUGAAAGGUAAGUACGGUGGUGAGUUGUUAACAGCUGUGGGUCGAGAUGGGAAUGAUCAAAUGUUGCCAAUUGCAUAUUGUGUUGUUGAAGUUGAGAACAAGGAGUCAUGGAGGUGGUUCUUGGAACUAUUAAUAGAUGACCUUGGAGGGCCUGAAAUUUGUGCUUCAUUCACCUUCAUGUCAGACCAGCAGAAGGGUCUACUUCAAGCACUGGAUGAUUUGCUUCCUAGAGUGGACCAAAGGUUUUGUGUGAGGCAUAUCUACAGCCACACAUCCACAAACCUGGGAGAUGGAAAUGAGAAAAACAUAAGAGCACUGAAUGAAGAUGCUUAUAAGCAUUUGAUUGUCAUUCCUCCAAGGCAUUGGUCAAGAUCAAGGUUCAUUGAAAUACCUAAAUGUGACACCUUAGUAAACAAUAUGACUGAAGGCUUCAAUAGUGUCCUCCUUUCUACCAGGAGUAAACCCAUUAUUACUUUGUUGGAGGAGAUACGUCUUUACCUCAUGCAAAGAUGGGCCAAGAACAGGUCAAGCAUAGCAUCAUUUACUGGAAGCAUUUGUCCAAAGAUCUUAUCCAGAUUUAGAAAGGAAUCUCAAUUAACCAAAAAUUGGAUUCCUAGCUGGUCAGGCAACAAGCUUUUUGAAGUUCGUCACAUGUAUAACAAUGGAGAUAAGUAUGUAGUCAAUAUAGAUGAUUCCUCAUGCACAUGUAGAACUUGGCAGCUGACUGGAAUCCCCUGCUCUCAUUCAUUGGCUGUAAUGAAAUUCCUCAACAUUGAUGGAGAAACAUUUAUAGACUCUUACUACUUCAAGUCCAAAUACGAGGAGACCUAUUCAACAAUUAUAUAUCCCAUCAAUGGAGCCAAAAUGUGGAACAUUACUCCAUAUCCUGAUGUGUAUCCUCCACACAAAAGAGUAUUGCCUGGAAGACCAAAGAGAAAGCGAAGACUAGAGCAAUGGGAAAUGAGGAAGGAUGAAUCAAGAAUGACCAAAUCUGGAUUGCGGAAAAGAUGUCGCAUAUGUAGACAACAUGGGCAUAAUAGAACUCAUUGCCCAUCAGCAACCCAACCAGGAACUGAGCCUGGUACAUCAGCAACCCAAGCAACUACGUCCACUCAACAAUCUGAGAUAGCACAUGAGUCUCAACCUUAAACGUAGUAGACAGUAGGAAUGAUCUUUUGUAAUAGCAGUAGAUGUCUGAAAACAUUAUGUUUAUUGUGGUUUUGAAUGUUUUUUUGAGUUCUGUUGUUUAGACCCGGAUGGUUAAUUUGGUCUGUAUUGAAUCCUUGUUAUAUACU